CGGCGACGACCUAUUGCGAUUCUCACUGGUCGGGCAAUAUAACGUAUCAUACGAGUAUUUACACGCGCAGCCCGCGAAGCGAGUAUCAGACGCACACGUGAUUGGUGACAUUUUUAAAAAAAAACUUUUUUUUUUUUUAAUGUUUCAAGUGUUCAAAAUUAAUUGGACGGAUUUACGAGCAUUCGUCUAAUAAUACAAUUACAGACGUGGUGGGUUAUUUUCGUCUAUAUUUCUACUGAAAAUUUUGAACCAUGAUGAUUAGAAUCGUUCUAUUCAAUCUCAUUGUACUUGGAUUAUCGUGCAGUCUCGCAUUGGCGGCUCCUUACAACAUCCGAAACUUAAACGACGCCGUAUUCUCCAACCCACUAGGGACAAGACAGUGUAAAGUUUCAGGAGUUCUUUAUAAUCACAGUCAAAAGAUACUAUUUACCGACCACUGUAAAGCGUGCAUUUGCAUCGAUGGCCAAAUAUUUUGCUAUUGGCAAUGCGACGACACAACUUCUGCAGACACAAUGGUUGAAGAUAUCGACAACGAACCGCAAUCUACGUUCACGACAAACAUAAUUUCGACUACCUUCGAAACCGAUGCGAGUUCGAAAUCAACAAACUUUGUACCACACUCAAGCCCCUCGGACGUUUUGCAGACAACCACCGUGACACCGCAUGAAGACGCCGAACCGUUUUGCCUAGUUAUGGGCGUUAGAUAUAAGCCCGGUAGUGUUUUACCAAGAGACACGGGAUCCUGUUUGGAAUGCCAAUGCGGCCAAAACUCGCAGAUCACAUGCAGCCCAAAGGACUGUAUUACGUUGAAUUCGUUGAGCGAUGAGGACACUUCCGAACCGGAAUUCUAUGGCAACAAUAAUGGCGAUCAGAACAACGGUAAUUUCAAUAUGGACAUGUUUGCCGUCAACGUGGUUUGAUGGAAAUAAACAAAAGAGCUAGAGAGAGGAAAAUUUUAUGUUUAUUAAAUGAUGCGUCUUUUACGAUUAAUAUGCGAAUUGUUUUACAAAAACAGCUAUAAUAAUAUUACUAUCAUUGUAAUGUCCGCUAAAAAUGUCCGUAGUAAUAAUAAUUAUAUGCCCAGAUGCCCUUACUAUUACUUAAAUAGUUAUGUUUUUUCGUUUUGUAACUCUCGAUUUGAGUUUACACAUACAUUUACAAUUAACAUAAUUUUUUUAAAUUAGUAUUUAAUUUUGAACAGUGAAUAAUUGAUUUUUUUUAAAUUACAAAUUAAUAAGUAAGAAAUUCGCAAUAAAUAAAAAUACGAGCAGUGACCAUUUGAGCAUGAAAAUAGCCUCGUCUGGGUACUAUGUCCGCCUUCAAAAUUCGUGGUAUCGUUUUUCAUAUUACUGAAUAACAGAAAGAAUACAUUAGCCAUUAGGUACAGUAAUUUGUCCAUUUUUAUUUGAAAAUUCCUGCACAAUGACUGCCUGUAGUGGUUGUCGACGUCCCGCUAUUUUUGUUCAAAAAAAAUAUACAGCAAUAUUGUAGUAGUAUGUUAAACAUAUAAUACCAUAUAUACGCACUAUUAUUCCCUAUUAUAGUAGAUGGUAUAUCGCGUAAUAGGUAGAUUUCAAACUGAAUAUCGGAAAUAAUGAUCUCCUGCGCCGUACUCUUCAUUUUGCAGAAUUCACAAUUUUGUAAAAACGAUGUAGUUAACGGCAUUAUAUUUUUACGGGGUUUUUUUUUACAUCCAUAAAAAUAAUAAUGGCAAUUUUAAAUCAAUAAAAAUAUACUAUUUUAAUUUUUAAUAUACAGAGUGUGAUAGAAAGACCAAUUCGCUUAGGAUAUCGUGGUAUAAUACGGUUCAAAGAUAAUAUUAAAUACUCGUUAGACAUUUUGUGAUAAUAAUCAUUUAAGAUCUGUAUAUAAUGCGUAAUUCUAAUUAUGUUUCGUAGUCUAUGUCUAUAUCAUAAUGACAUAUUGUAUUGAAACUAAAAAAAAAUAUAUGCUAGGUAUAAACUCAAUAUAAGGAGAUGCAUAAAGCAUUAAAUUCACCACACGUUAAGAUCAUAACCGAACAGCGGCCGAUUUUGCAUCCGUUACGCACAGUCAGUUGCUGAUUGGUUUUCCAAACUUUCAUCCACCACUUUCUAUAGCGAACGACGCGGUUGAAGAAGUUGUUUAAGGUGCGCGAUCGGCCAUGCCCUUAACGUGCAGUAAUCAUUCUUCGGAAUAAUUACUAUUAGCAAUUUUUUUUAUUAUUCUGUUUCGUGGAAUAUUUUCUGUUUUAUUCUUCUUCUUAGCUUAAAAACCUGUUCUAAUGAUUAUCCCGUUAAAUGAUUAUUUUUACUUUAACUUAAGGUACAUCCAUGUGAUAUUUAGCUCCAAGAUUUUCCUGAAUUGUAUAGCUUUUUCAAUCAAAUAUUCAAUAGUUGUAUUAUAGGUGCCAUACAUAUGUAUUAUUAUAGUAUGUAUUUUAUCUAGAGCGACUUGGUCUUUCUGCCCCGUUACAAUGCAAUAACUUAUCUCAACCACGUCAACAGACCACAUUAUUAAAAUACAAAAAGCUAUAAUAUAAAUACCUAUUAUGACUAUAAGUGUUACUGGCCGUAUUUUAUGACCCAAAUGUAUGUAUAUAUAUUUUUAUUUUUACAUAUGUAAGUUUUCAUACAAAAGAUAAUAUCUGGCUAUUACAAUGAGUAUUUAUUAUGAAUUAUUUAA